ACUGCCUCCCCCUAGUCCCACCCGACCCCACACCAACCAACCUUCCCUUCGUCCCCUCCCGUUACCUUCGGCGACUCCCAAAUUCGCAUCUGCUCCACCACUCCACUUCCGGCUCCACUCCGCUCCGCUGUCCGCUCCUCUCUUCUCCGAGGACGCGAGCGCAAACCCGCCUCGCUUUCUGCCAAACCCUAGCGCCCCGCUCGCCCGCCCGCGUCGCUGCCACCCCGGAUCAAGCCCGUGCAGCGCCCGAGAGCGCGCGUCUCCCUCCCGGAUUCGAGCGGCAGCGGGAUGGGGUCCGACUCCAAGGAGUUGCUUGGGAUCGAGCCCCUCGAGCUCCGAUUCCCAUUCGAGACAAAGAAGCAGAUCUCGUGCUCUAUGCAGCUAACCAAUAGAACUGAUGACUACAUCGGCUUUAAGGUUAAGACGACGAGCCCCAAGAAGUACUGUGUUCGACCAAACAGCGGCAUUGUGCCACCACGGUCCACCAACGAUGUCAUUGUGACAAUGCAAGCACAAAAGGAGGCACCGCCGGACAUGCAAUGCAAGGACAAGUUUCUCGUGCAAAGUGUCAUUGUGGCGGAAGACACAUUACCAAAGGACAUCACUGGGGAUAUGUUUACCAAACAAUCAGGUAAUGUGGUGGAUGAGGUGAAGUUGAAGGUUGUCUACGUCCCACCACCCAAACCGCCAUCCCCAGUGCGCGAGGGAUCUGAAGAAGGCUCAUCACCUAGACCUUCAUUGUCUGAUGGAAGCACCUUGAAUUAUCAAGAGGUGAGAUCUGCAAAUAUUAUUGCUUGGUUCAAUUCCCAAGAGAUGCAGACAACCAGGGAAUCAGAUGAGCCACCAUCUUUGACUGCUGUAAAGGCUCAAAGGGACCAAGAAGGCUUUACCUCUGAGACCUCUGCUUUGAUUUCAAAGUUGACGGAAGAGAGGAACUCUGCCAUUCAGCAGAAUAAUUUGCUUCGAGAGGAACUGGACCUUGUAAGGAGGGAACUCAGCAAGCAGAAUGGCGGUUUCUCAUUUGUGGUCGUGGCGGCCAUUGCUCUCCUCGGGAUUCUGCUAGGGUUUAUCAUGAAGAGAUAGAUGAGCCAGUGUUAAUCUGCAUCCUGCUAGAACCGUUUCCCUCGUGAGAUUGUAUUUUGUCCAAUGCAUUUAUUCUCAUGUACUACACUGCUACAGCGCUACUCCAUAGCAUAUUCAGGAUCCAGUGUCAUCAGUAACUGCGUGCGUGGUAGCUACCUCACCCAGGCAGUAAGCCUGUCUCUUGAUCUUGUGUUAGCUCUUAUGUCAGCUUGUGGAACUAAUGAACUGGGUAACUAUUGAUAUCUUUUGAGCCAGCUGUUGAGAAAUCCUUCUGGUGUGAUAA